AUGGGAGCUGCCCUGGCUGCCGCCUGCGCACGCGUCGAACAGCCAGCUGCCACUGGCGACCAAACGGAAGGUUUGCAGGCCUUCGACCGCGCUUUGCUCGCGCAGGUGAAGAAGGGCAAGUUGGAGGACAACUAUGAGAUGUUGGAAGAGCUGGGCAGUGGCAGUUUCGGUGUUGUGAGCAGAGCCAGAGACAUUCGCACAAAGGCCGUUUCCAUGGCAACCUAUGUUGCCGUGAAGACCAUCCCCAAAAAGAAGAUCUCGGAUCCAAAAACCGUCAAAGAUGAGUUUAAUGUUCUCCGCCAGCUGGACCAUGCACAUAUUUGCAAAGCCUACGAAUGCUAUGAGGAUCGCCGCCACAUAUACUUGGUCAUGGAUAUUUGUGCCGGUGGCACUUUGCUGGAAAGCUUGUGCGUUCAGCAACGAUUCCCUGAGCCAGAUGCGGCAAAGAUCAUGCGACAGACUCUUUCUGCUUUGUCUUACCUGCACCAAGCCAAUUUCAUAUUUCGUGAUUUGAAAACCGAAAAUAUCAUGUUCGCAAAGCCUGUACAAGAUGGAGAAGUUGGCAACAUCAAACUGAUUGACUUCGGCUUGUGUUGCCCGUUUCGACCUGGAGCGAAGAUCACCCGUGCGGCUGGCACCCCGUACAGCGUUGCCCCCGAGCUCGUGACUGCUCCCGUACAGUAUGACCAGCGGUGUGACUCCUGGAGUGCCGGUGUUGUGAUGUUCAUCAUUCUGUCUGGCCAGUAUCCUUUUUCUGGCAAGACGAAGGAAGAGCUCCUGCACAAGAUACGGAAAGAGCCCGUUAGCUUCAAGAGCGCUCGGUGGAAAAAGAUCACCAAAGAAGGCAAAUCCAUCUUGGUGGAGCUGCUGCGCAAAAAGCCCGAAAACCGAUGCUCUGUGGCCGAUGCCCUGCGCCACGAAUGGCUGAAGGUUCAGGUGCAGCUGCCAAGUGCAGAAAUUAUGCAAGGAAUCGUCGAGACCAUGAUCCAGUUCCAGUCCUUGAACCUUAUGCAGAAGGCGGCAUUAACCGCCCUUGCAUGGCGAGCUUCGGACGAGGACACACAGCAUUUGAGGCAAGUCUUCGAAUGCUUGGAUCGAGAUGGAAAUGGGCACAUGACCAUGGGAGAGCUCCGCGGAGCGUUUGCAGAGGUCGGCGUGACCUUGCCGGGGGGGUUGAGCCUGUGUGGAGUCGGCACAGACGGUAACGACACCAUCGAAUACACUGAGUUCCUGGCAGCAGCUCUGGACAAGAAGAAAGUGUUGAAGGAAGAUGUCGUUUGGGAAGCUUUCAAGAUCUUCGAUGCCGACGGGAGUGGCACUGUAACAAAGGCAGAGCUAUGCAAACUGCUAAGUUCUGGUCGCACCAGCGACAAGACGAAGCAGGAGAAGGAGUCCAAGGCAAUCGAAGUCUUUCUCGACAACUACGACACUUCUGGAGAUGGCGUUGUGGAUUUCGAUGAGUUCAUGGGUAUGUUAGAUGAGAGUCAUACCAGGACCAAAAGCAAGCAGCCGCAUUCAACCACAAACUUGGUAAGUCACACCAUCUGUACCUUCUAG